CUCCCAUCUCAUCUCCACCUCCAGUGCGCCGCCACCCUCUGCCACGCUGCUGCGCCGUCGGACCCCGUCUCACCGUCGCGCCGCUGGGACCUGCCCCGCCGUCGAGCCUACCCCUACCCCAAGUGCCCCCUCCCGCGCGUCCUCCCCCCAUCGGCGAAACUCGAUGCCGCGGCGGCGACCGGCGUCACCGCUGCCUGUCGCCGGUUCUGGUGACUUCCUUCCGCGGGUGGGAUCUGCUCCUCCUGCGGGUGUUGGUGAGGCGGUGGGAUUUGACAGGGUCGUGGUGAGGAGGAGGCCGCUGGACUGAACGGGGAUCUCGUGCCGCCGGACAGCCAGGGAACAUGCGGCCGAGGUGCCGAUGCGGGGCGUGCGAGCUCGGCCGCCGGUGAGCUCGUUCUCCUCAACGCUGGAGCUCGUCAAGACCACCGUGUGCAUCUUCACGGGACGCCUCUGCUCUAACGCAAUGGAGCUCGUCGAGCUCGACCCACUAGCGCCCGUCACCGAAGUACAAGGAGUUGGACUCAGAGUCCCUACUGUGUACGACACGAACUCCGCAUUUUUCUCUGUUAUAUCAGCUAAAGGUGGUGAAUCUUUGGACAAUGCUCCUAAUAUUUAUUUUGUUUCUCGUGUAGCAGUAUGGAGGAUUUCAAGGAGUUUAUUGAUGAUGUCAUGUCUGGUGAUGGGUCAUGGGGAGAGGAGGAGGAGAUCUUGAGCCAUUGGGUUAGUGAAGUGAGGUCAUCUGUCUCCCGUUGCAACGCACGGGCAUCCGUGGGUUCACCGUUACAAUAUGCCUCUUCCCGUGAAUUUACGCUUUCAGUUUUUUUCAUCUAUAUUAUUUUUUACAUCCGAGGUGGUACUAUUUUACCUGCGUAUCUUUACCUCUAUACAUAAGACUGUUUCACGUCCAACGUACGCAGGACAGACAAGCUGUACAUGAGUACAACUCCAACCCGUACACGAUUCUAAUGUUAAAAAUAAUUCUGUAA